AUGGCUCCCGCUAACCUCCCCUCGAUCUUCAAUGCCACUUCCCAGGACAUUGAGAUGCUGCUUGCAGCUCAAGCCCACCUGGGAAGCAAGAACCUCCAGGUUCACAUGGAGCCCUACCUGUGGAAGACCCGUGCCGACGGUGUCAACGUGAUCAACGUUGGCAAGACCUGGGAGAAGAUUGUCCUCGCCGCCCGCAUCAUCGCCGCCGUCGACAACCCAGCUGACAUUUGCGUCAUCUCUGCCCGUCCCUACGGUCAGCGUGCCGUCCUCAAGUUCGCCGCCCACACCGGCGCCGUCGCCAUUGCCGGUCGCUUCACCCCCGGUUCCUUCACCAACUACAUCACCCGCUCUUUCAAGGAGCCCCGCCUCAUCAUCGUCACCGACCCCCGUACCGAUGCCCAGGCCAUUAAGGAGGCUUCCUACGUCAACAUCCCCGUCAUCGCCCUCUGCGACACCGACUCCCCCACCGAGUACGUCGACGUUGCCAUCCCCACCAACAACAAGGGUCGUCACUCCAUCGGUCUCGUCUGGUGGAUGCUCGCCCGUGAGGUCCUCCGCCUCCGCGGCACCAUCUACAACCGCGAGACCCCCUGGGACACCAUGGUCGAUCUGUACUUCUACCGCGACCCCGAGGCUGAGGCCGAGGAGAAGGUCGAGGAGGAGAAGCUCCCCGGCGUUGAGGAGGAGGGCGUUGCCGCCAUUGAGUCCGGCUUCCCCGCCACCGGCGACUGGGACGCCCAGGCUCCCGGCUUCACCGGUGCUCAGGCUGGUGCCAACUGGGACGGUGCUGGUGAUGAGUGGGCUGCCGCUGGCGCCGCUCCCACCGGUGACUGGGCCGCUGCCGGCGACGCUGCCGCUGCUGCCCCCAAGGAGUCUUCCUGGUAA